CUCAUAAUGUCUAAUACACUGGAAAAUCAAAGCGCGAGCUCUCCCCGCUCACACACCGCUGCUGCUCCACGCGGGGAGCACAACAGAGAGCGCUUUCAUUCCAUUUGAGCUUUCACAAAGUUGCCAUUAUGCGGCUUUGUUUUUUUAUAUAAAUAGUUGCGCCGUAUUUAGUAAUGCUUUCGUAAUUCCUUUCCCUUAAACACUGGACAGACUUUACAAAACUAACCAUGGAGAUGAGGCAUUUAUCUUUGCGCCUUUUGCGCUACUGAGGAUUCAAUUUGUGCACUGGAGUCGCUGAUAUGGACCGGAGAUCCUCGAGGACACAAUGGACAUUAGUGAGACACGCGCUUUGCCUGUUUCUGUGUACGGGCGCAAUGGACUUGGUUUUUGCGCAAAUGCGCUACUCAAUUCCAGAAGAGCUAGAACACGGGGCAUUCGUCGGAAAUAUUGCAGAGGACUUAGGCUUAGACGUAGCGAAACUGUCAGCACGUCGGUUCCGGAUAGUAUCAGGCGCCAAGAAACAAUACUUAGAGGUGAAUUUAGAAAACGGUAUUUUGUUUGUAAAUGAAAAGAUUGAUCGCGAGGAACUGUGUGAGCAAAGUCCAACUUGUUUUUUGCACUUGCAAGUCGUCAUCGAGAACCCACUGGAGCUCUACCGUGUAGAGGUGGAAAUUUUGGAUGUGAACGACAACGCUCCUAGUUUCCCGUGGAGCGAAUUCAAUCUGGAGAUCACGGAGUCAGCGGCGCCGGGCUCUCGCUUUCCACUGGAGAGCGCGCAAGAUUUGGACGUCGGCACCAACUCUCUCCGCUCAUACCAACUCAGCGCGAACGAGCACUUUGCCUUGGAUAUUCAGACGCGCAAUGAUGGCAGUAAGUUCGCGGAGCUCGUGUUAGAGACGCCGCUGGACCGAGAGCAAAAGAAGGCGCACGAAAUGGUGCUGACAGCUGUGGACGGAGGGUCUCCCGAACGCUCGGGAACAGCAAAAAUCACAGUUACGGUGCUGGAUGCAAAUGACAAUGUCCCUGUGUUCGACCGGUCUGUCUAUCGAGUCAGCCUUAUUGAAAAUGCUCCAAGAGGCACACUCGUGCUCAAACUUAACGCCACAGAUCUCGACGAGGGUCCCAAUGGCGAGAUUUCGUACUCUUUCAGCGGGCACGCACCGUUAAAAGUGCGCGAAUUGUUUAACGUGGAUUCCUACACAGGAGAAAUCAGAGUAAAAGGGAUUGUGGAUUAUGAAAAAGCAAGCGUAUAUGAGUUAUACGUGCAAGCCAAAGACAAGGGUCCCUCUGCCGUAGCUGUGCACUGCAAAGUGCUGGUAGAUAUUAUGGACGUAAACGACAACGCACCCGAGGUCAUCCUGACCUCCGUGUCUACACCUGUUCAGGAAGACGCGCCACCGGGGACUGUGAUCGCCGUUAUCAGCGUGAUGGACCGAGACUCGGGCGAGAACGGAAAUGUGGACUGCGAAAUUCCAGGAAACGUCCCAUUUCAGCUCCACUCAUCGUUUAAGAAUUACUACACUUUGGUGACUAGUGAGUUUCUUGACCGCGAGAACGUGGCAGAGUACAACAUUACGCUGACCGCGAAAGACUUGGGCUCGCCGCCACUUUCAACCAAAAAAAACAUCCUUGUUACUGUGUCUGAUAUUAAUGACAACCCGCCGCGCUUUGUUCAGCCGUCCUACACUGUCUAUGUAACCGAGAACAAUGCCCCUGGCGCUUCCAUUUGCUCGGUGACUGCCUUCGAUCCCGACUCCAAUCAGAACGCCUAUCUGUCUUAUUCCAUUCUGGAGGGUCAGAUACAGGGCAUGCCAGUGUCCACUUACGUCUCCAUUAAUUCGGAUAACGGAAACAUUUACGCGCUGCGCUCCUUCGACUACGAACAGCUCCGAAACUUUCAGAUUAGAGUUCAAGCACAGGACGCUGGCUUUCCGCCACUGCGAAGCAACGUAACUGUGAAUGUAUUCGUUUUGGAUCAAAAUGACAACGCACCGGUCAUCAUUUCGCCACUGCCAAAAAACGGCACGGUUGCGACAGAGAUGGUCCCCAGGUCAGUGGAUGCUGGUUACCUAGUCGCUAAAAUCACGGCAAUAGACGCUGACGCCGGGCAAAACUCGCGCUUGUCUUACCAAGUGCUCCAGGCGACUGAUCCUGGGCUUUUCAGCGUUGCCCUUUACACGGGUGAGAUCAGGACAAUUCGCCGCUUCGUUGAAAAAGAUGCCACCAGGCAGCGACUUGUCAUCCUGGUCAAGGACAACGGUCAGCCGCCCCUUUCGGCCACCGUCUCCAUCAUUCUGUCAGUGGUGGACAACGUGCCGGAAUCCCUGUCAGAUUUCGGCGACCUCACUCUAAACCAGCAGCCUCCGUCCAAUCUCGCCCUUUACCUAAUCGUGUCACUGAGCACCAUUUCGCUCAUCUUCCUCAUAGCAAUCAUUGUGCUCGCCUCUGUCAAAUGCUACAAAGAUCGCGACGCGCUCAACGGCUUCGGUCUAUCCACAGUCGGAGCCGCCUGUUGUGGUAUAGAGCCAGAACCUCCGACUGAAGUGUUCAAAAAAUCCAACUUAAAUCUACAGAUCUCCACAGGCGCCAAAGUGCCCACGAACUGUAUGGAGGUGAACAGCACGAACACACUGUCUCAAGCGUACUGCUACAAGGUUUGUCUGACACCAGAAUCGGCCAAAAGCGACUUCAUGUUCCUGAAGCCGUGUAGUCCCGAAACGCCAAGGAACAAUGCCAAUCCAAAGGGUGCUGAUACGCUUGGAUGGAACGCGCAAAACCGGAAUAAUGGAGCAACUACUCCCAGUGAGCUGAAGCAACCAAAUACAGACUGGCCUCUCACAAAGAAUCAAACGUCCUCACUUAAAAGCUACAACUCUAUCAAUAUGGAUGGGACUUUAAUGCGCAAGGCAAUGCAAACCGACCCAGAAAAUUUUGUCAGCCCGAUGGCAGGCCAGUACUGGACCUGGGGGAACCAUAUGCGUGGUCCCAAGGUUGACCACUCUGCUACGUCUACCUUGCACCAUCCGACGACAGAGUACAGGACGUCGCCCCCCAACGUCGGUGCCCCCCCGCGGGCCUGGACUCCUCGCUACACCCCCCCUCAGCAGCAGACCCUCCAGCAGACCCAGCCGUCCCCCCACCCACCACCACACCCGCCGCCCGACUACCAACACAACGUCUACAUCCCCGGCACGCCCUCGGCCGUGUGCACGCUGCGGCCCAGCCACCGGACCAGCGAGCUGGACGUGCACAACGCCUUCUCCACCUUCGGCAAGAAGAGGCGCUUCCACGCCAGCCACUACGAGCAGCGCGAUGAAACGCCCACACCCGAGGUCAUCAACAAUGACCUGUACAACAACUAGUGGGGUCUGGCUGACGUACAGGCUAGUGGUGGGGGCAGAGACUGACGAGGGAACGGGCAGGGGUUUCCUCCACCUUCUGGAAGAGACACAGAGCAGCAGCUCUCUGUGAGGACAGUGGUCGAGCUUCACACAGUGGACACUGAGAUGAGGAUGUGUGUUCAGCAGCUCUGAUAUGCACCUUUCAUGUUUUGGUUUACAUAUGUAUUUGUCUCAUCAUAUUUAUAGAUGAUGGCAUUGAGCUUACUGACUUGGUGGAAGAGACAUCAGAAUCAUCUGUUCCAAUUGCAAGUGUGCUCUUUAGUUUAUAUGAAGAUUAUCUUCAAGUAGGCUAUCUUAUCAUUUCGUGUUAUUAAAGAGCUUGGGCCUAUAUUUCCUGAGUGGGUGCCAGUAUCAGAAGCGCCUGGAUGGGUUCGAAUAAAGUGUGUUCUUCUCAAAGUUUCAGACCAUGACAACCCUGGAUACUGAAUGCAGGAGGCUUAUACAUUUCCACAAGUUCAGUUAAUGCUCAUAUUUGAAUGUCAAUCAAUGUCCAGCAUAUCCACAUGGGUCAAAUCUUCUUGUGAAAAAAAAAACAACAAAAAAAAAAACAUUCCAUGUUUUGCUACUGAUUUAUGAUUGUCAAAGUGUCACACCUCUCACUGUAGUGUAUUAUUAUUAUUAUUAUUAUUAUUAUUAUUAUUAUUAUUAUAUGUCGUUAUUGUUUUGACAAUCAAGAUGACCAAGUUGCUUUUACUGUAAAGUCUGGAUAAUCAAAUUUGAUAUUUGAUAUCACUUUGAAUAGGGAAAUCACUUUUGAUUUUAUACAACGUGAUAAAAAUACUAAAAUAUUCCACCUAGCUGACAUCAAAAUCCAGUCUCUUCAUGGUGCAAGUUUUUGCGAAAAUAAACGUUUACCUGUGACGUCAUGGUACUUCAUUUAAGAAUGUGCCAACCAUACAACACAUGUACAAACAACUCUGAAAAUAAACUAUUUUUCUGAUA